GGGCAAAAACGACGUGGUAUCAAUGGAGGUUGUCAGUCUUUAUAAGGGUGAGAUUGUCAGUCAUACAUGAAUGCAACAAGGCCAGAAGACAAAGAUUUUAACUAAGAAAAAGAGAGAAAAAGAGUGAAAAUAAUUAAUAAUGGACUCUUCCAUAAUUCGACUUAUUCUUGUGUUUCUGGCUUGCCUUUCUUCAGCUUUGGUUGAAUGUAGAGUCCGAAACUACAAAUUCGAUGUGGUAAUGAGGAACACCAGUAGACUAUGUUCCUCAAAACAAAUCGUGACCGUUAAUGGGAAAUUCCCUGGCCCCACACUCUACGCUAGAGAAGAUGACAAUGUUCUUGUCAGGGUCGUUAAUCACGUCAAAUACAACGUUAGCAUCCACUGGCAUGGAGUUAGACAACUCCGAACAGGGUGGUCAGAUGGGCCAGCGUUCAUAACACAAUGUCCAAUCCAACCAGGACAAAGCUAUUUGUACAAUUUCACACUCACAGGGCAACGUGGAACCCUACUUUGGCACGCUCAUAUUCUCUGGCUCAGGGCAACUGUCCAUGGCGCUAUAGUCAUUCUCCCCAAGCGAGGUGUCCCUUAUCCAUUUCCCAAACCACACAAAGAAAUUCCAAUUGUAUUAGCUGAAUGGUGGAAAUCGGAUACUGAAGCUGUGAUCAACGAAGCUCUGAAGUCAGGAUUGGCACCAAAUGUGUCCGAUGCUCACACUAUAAACGGUCAUCCAGGGCCUGCCUCCAAUUGUUCUUUACAAGGUGGCUUCACCUUGCCGGUGGAUGCCGGUAAAACAUACCUACUGCGCAUUAUCAACGCUGCGCUCAAUGAAGAGUUGUUCUUCAAAAUCGCCGGCCACAAACUAACCGUUGUAGAAGUCGACGCACUCUACGUAAAGCCCUUCUCCAUCGAAACCAUUGUCAUUGCCCCGGGACAAACCACAAACGUUUUAGUAACCGCGGACAAAAACUCCGGCAAAUACUUAGUCACCGCUUCUCCCUUCAUGGACGCUCCAAUUGCCGUCGACAACGCCACAGCCACCGCAACUCUCCACUACACCGGAACCUUAUCAAACUCCCCAACUACCAUAACAAUCCCACCUCCUAAAAACGCAACCCAAAUAGCCAACAAAUUCACAGACUCUCUCAGAAGCAUUAACUCAAACACCUUCCCUGCAAAAGUUCCAUUAACGAUUGAUCACAAACUUCUGUUCACAGUAGGCCUUGGGGUAAACCCGUGUCCAAGUUGCAAAGCCGGAAACGGAAGCAGAGUCGUCGCCAGCAUCAACAACGUUACUUUCGUUAUGCCAACGACGGCGUUGCUCCAAGCCCAUUACUUUAAUAUCAAAGGAGUUUUCACUACUGAUUUUCCUCCAAACCCACCGACCAUUUUCAACUUCACUGGCUCCCCGCCUUCGAAUAUGGCGACGAUGACUGGAACCAAGGUUUACAAGUUGUCGUACAACGAUACGGUGGAGCUGGUUAUGCAAGAUACGGGGAUUAUAGCACCGGAGAAUCACCCGGUUCAUCUUCAUGGGUUUAAUUUUUUCGUGGUGGGUCGGGGACUUGGGAAUUAUAAUGCCAAGAAUGACUCGAAAAGUUUCAACCUUGUGGAUCCGGUUGAGAGAAAUACGGUUGGGGUUCCCGCCGGUGGCUGGGUCGCCAUUAGGUUCCGAGCAGAUAAUCCAGGAGUGUGGUUCAUGCAUUGCCAUUUAGAAGUACAUACAACAUGGGGGCUUAAGAUGGCAUUUUUGGUAGACAAUGGAAAAGGGCCUAAUCAAUCACUUUUACCACCUCCAACUGAUCUUCCAAAGUGUUAAUUUUAUUAUACAUAAAUAUUAUUUUUUUCAAAAAAAGAAAAAUAUGAUGACAAGAGAACAAAAAAAUGUUUAUUAUACAUAUUAUGUAGAUCUAAAGAUAAAGAAGAGAGAUCUCUAUUCUCCACCACCACAAGGACAAGAAGAAGAAGAAGAAGAAGAAGAAUGGCAGAGAAAUAUCCAUAAGAGGGAAAGUUAUUAGAUAUAAAAUAAAUGGGCAAAAUGAGAAAGGGUGAAACAAACUUAAUUCCAUUUAAUUUCUUGAGUGAAUUGGAAAAGAAUUCGCUUGAGCUUUUAGAUUGUUUGAAUAAAAAUUGCUUGAGCAUUUUGGUUUCUUCAAUUGAAUUAUGUAUGUAUGAAGGGAAAAAAGAAAAAGAAAAAAAUCUCAAAGGACUUUGUGUAUUUGAGAUCUUGAGUAUGAGCAGUGUUUUUUUUUUUUUUAAUUAUGAAAAAUUAUUGGAACAGAAUAAAAGUUUACUUUUUGUGCAA